UUUAUAUGCGAUCGCCGCUGCCCUCGACACUGAGACAUUGCGCCCCCAUUCUACCACCCGCGGAGGCGAUCAGCUCCUCACUCGUCGUCGUCGAGCUUCAGCAUCCACUUCGCUUUUCAACUUUAUCUUCUCCAAGAAAUAGUUAUUUUACAAAUAAUCACGAUAAUUGCAAUUUGAACAUUAAGGGUUCAUAUUGGUGCAGAGGCCUCUUACCAUCGUGUUCACCUAGUUUAAAGUUAAGUGGCAAAAGAUUUACUUCUUUGGUUGCAACACAACCUGUACCAGCACAAUCUGAGGAGUCAAAGAUGGAUAUGCCAAGAGAGAUCUUUCUGAAGGACUACAAGAUGUCAGAUUAUCUGUUUGACACGGUUGAUUUGAGAUUUGAUUUAGGGGAGGACAAGACUAUAGUCUCAUCAAAAAUUGCUGUUUUGCCAAGAGUUGAAGGUGCUCUGUGUCCAUUGGUUCUUCAUGGAAGUGAUCUUAAGCUAUUAUCAAUUAAAGUUGAUGGAAAGGAAUUGAAGAAAGAAGAUUUUCACUUGGACCACCAUCACCUAACCCUGCCAUCACCACCAGCCAGUGCAUUUAUACUGGAAAUUGUGACAGAGAUAUAUCCUCAGAAGAACACAUCUUUGGAGGGCCUUUACAAGUCUUCUGGUAAUUUUUGCACACAAUGUGAAGCUGAAGGGUUUCGGAAAAUAACCUUUUAUCAGGAUCGCCCUGAUGUGAUGGCAAGAUACACUUGUCGAAUUGUAGCUGAUAAGACUCUUUAUCCGGUGCUUUUAUCUAAUGGGAAUCUGAUAGAGCAAGGCGAUCUUGAGGGUGGAAAACAUUAUGCUUUAUGGGAAGACCCUUUUAAAAAACCAAGCUAUCUGUUUGCAUUAGUUGCUGGACAAUUAGAAAGCAGAGAUGAUAAAUUUGUUACCCACUCUGGCCGUGAGGUAAAAUUGAGGAUCUGGACCCCUUCAGAGGAUGUACCCAAAACUGGCCAUGCUAUGUAUUCCCUUAAAGCAGCUAUGAAGUGGGAUGAGGAUGUAUUUGGUCUUGAAUAUGAUCUUGAUUUGUUCAACAUUGUGGCUGUUCCUGAUUUUAAUAUGGGUGCCAUGGAAAACAAGAGCUUAAAUAUAUUCAACUCUAAGCUUGUCUUGGCAUCACCAGAAACUGCUACAGAUGGAGAUUAUGCUGCAAUUCUGGGAGUGAUUGGUCACGAGUAUUUCCAUAAUUGGACUGGAAACAGAGUCACGUGCCGUGACUGGUUCCAACUAAGUCUAAAAGAAGGUCUUACUGUCUUUAGAGACCAGGAGUUUUCAUCUGACAUGGGCAGCCGGACGGUUAAGCGCAUAGCUGAUGUUUCAAGAUUGAGGAAUUAUCAAUUCCCACAGAAGGAAGAAGAGUUUGUAUUUGCCAAUAUACCUGAACGGCCAAUUCCUUCACUAUUACGGGAUUAUAGUGCUCCAAUUCGUCUUGAUUCUGAUCUUACGGAUAGUGAUUUAUUCUUUUUGCUAGCACAUGAUUCAGAUGAAUUUAAUAGAUGGGAGGCUGGUCAAGUUUUGGCACGCAAACUGAUGUUAAGUCUUGUAGCGGACUUCCAGCAAAACAAAUCAUUGAGUCUGAACCCAAAGUUUGUUGAAGGGAUCAGACGCAUUCUAUGCAACACAAGCUUGGACAAAGAAUUUAUUGCGAAGGCAAUUACUUUGCCCGGUGAAGGGGAGAUAAUGGACAUGAUGACAGUUGCAGAUCCUGAUGCUGUGCAUGCUGUUCGCGUCUUCAUCAAAAAGCAGAUUUCUCUCAACCUGAAGGAAGAUCUCUUAGCCACAGUGAUAAACAACAGAAGCUCUGAGACAUAUGUUUUUGACCAUCACAAUAUGGCCCAACGUGCUUUGAAGAACACAUCGCUUGCUUAUCUUGCAUCAUUGGAUGAUCCAGAGCUCACAGAACUUGCGUUGCAUGAAUACAAGUCUGCCACUAAUAUGACUGACCAAUUUGCUGCUUUAGCUGCCAUAGCCCAAAAUGCAGGUCAAGUUCGUGAUGAUGUUCUAUCUGACUUCUAUACGAAGUGGCAGCAUGAUUUUUUGGUUGUGAAUAAAUGGUUUGCUCUUCAAGCCAUGUCUGACAUUCCAGGGAACGUCAUAAAUGUUCAAAAGUUGUUGAGCCACCCUGCAUUUGACUUGCGAAAUCCUAACAAGGUAUACUCACUAAUUGGAGGAUUUUGUGGCUCACCUGUGAAUUUCCAUGCAAAAGAUGGGUCAGGCUACAAAUUUUUGGGAGAACUAGUGUUACAGUUGGACAAGAUUAACCCUCAGGUGGCAUCUCGCAUGGUGUCAGCCUUCUCUAGGUGGAGGCGCUAUGAUGAGCACCGGCAAGCUCUUGCUAAGGUACAACUGGAGAUGAUAAUAUCAGCAAAUGGACUAUCAGACAAUGUGUAUGAGAUCGCUUCCAAGAGCUUGGCGGCCUGAGUUGUGACUCUAGAUGCUUCUUUCCUGUCAUCAUGUUCCUAACAUGGCGUAUGAUAUCUUUGAAAUAUUGAUGCUGGAACUUGCUGUUUUCUCCUGUGUGGCGUAGACUUUUCAUACUACAUAUUUUGGAUAAUAAUAAGAUCGAUGCAUCUAUAUGCUGCACCUGAAAAAUCAAGAUUGCCUCUUUUGUAGGUGGUGGUGGUAAAGUGUUUGUAUGGUGCUCGCCUUUGAACCCGACUCGGUGACCCGAUAGAGUGGUGUGGUGGCUCGGCCAUCCGAGAAGGUUUAGAAAUAUCAAAUAUAAUCUGUGUGAAAUG